UACUGCCACUGAGUGUGUUGUUUGAACAGGUAUAAAGCCAAGGUUGGCGAUUUAUUGCCACUGCAGUUAUACUUCAUUGGCUGAACCCUCCUGGUGACCUGGAUGGAAUUAUGUGAUCCUUCCUUAACCAAUAGGAAGUCCCACCCAGUUGACUACUUAAAAAUGGCGAAAGUCCUCUAAAAUGGGCUUUUGGGAAAUGGAGUCCUCUAUGUAUCUCUAUGCUCCCUCAUCAGAACAAUGGGGCCGGGGUAGUUGUAUCACCUCUGGGUAAAACACUCGGGUUAGUAGAAGAUUAUACCACUCCUGUUACGAUAUAUCUACCUCGUUAAUGUUUGGCCUAUACAUGAGCGAAUUCUGUUUUCAUCGUGUGGAAAGCGCGCCAGACCGGUGCGUCAACGGCGAUGGAAAUAUCGAGUUGCAGUUCGUGACUGACAGCGGCAGCUGAAUCUUCUCAUGAGACCUGGGCGGCUAUGGUGGUGUCCCUGCCUAACCGAUGUGAGGAGCACACAUACUUUUAGAGACUGGAUGACAGCACAACACUCUCUCCGAACAGCUGCUGUCAUUCGGAAGAGUGCUGUCACCGGCGGUUGACCUUCGACUAGAAGACACAGUUGAGAAAAGGAAUUCCUUAACCAAUAUAUUUAAUCAAGAGAAGAGGUAGCCAAUCUUCGUAAUCCAAAGCAAGUGGUUAGGGGGUGACUAGUAGGCUAUGGGAGCAUUAUGCUUUCCCGAAAAGGACUGAUCCCGGACGACUACUUGCUUACCCGCUUGGCUGAGGAUGUCCAGCAGCCUAAAUUCAAGGCGUUAAAAGCGCGGAAGGCUCGUUUCGUCGCCAAAAACGGAACCUGUAAUGUGGCCCACACGAACAUUCGCGAACAGGGACGGUUCCUACAGGAUGUUUUCACCACUUUAGUGGAUCUAAAAUGGCUUCACACGCUUAUAAUUUUCACUAUGUCAUUUCUGUGCAGCUGGCUGCUGUUUGCAAUGGUUUGGUGGCUCAUUGCCUUUGCGCACGGCGACCUGGAUCAAAAGGGUAACGACUUUGUCCCGUGCGUGACGGACAUCCACUCCUUCUCAUCUGCGUUCCUUUUCUCCAUAGAGGUACAGGUGACCAUCGGGUUCGGGGGGCGCAUGGUCACAGAGGAAUGCUUGUCUGCCAUAGUGGUCCUUAUCAUUCAGAACAUCGUGGGUUUGCUGAUUAACGCCAUAAUGCUGGGGUGUAUCUUUAUGAAGACGGCCCAGGCCAACCGGCGCGCCGAAACGCUGAUCUUCAGCAAGCACGCCGUCAUCUCUAUCCGAAAUAACAAACUGUGCUUUAUGAUCCGUUUAGGGGACCUGCGGAAGAGCAUGAUCAUCAGUGCCACCGUGCGGAUGCAGGUGGUAAGGCGCACCACCACUUCGGAGGGCGAGGUGGUCCCCCUGGACCAGAUAGACAUUCACAUGGACAACCCCGUGGGGACCAACGGUAUUUUCCUGGUGGUCCCUCUCAUCAUAUGCCACGUUAUUGACAAAGACAGCCCGCUCUACGAGCUUUCGCCAUUGGAUUUACAAAAUAAUGAUAUCGAGGUGGUAGUGGUGCUGGAGGGGGUGGUGGAGACCACGGGGAUAACAACCCAGGCCCGUACAUCCUACCUGUCUGAGGAGAUACUGUGGGGGCAGCGCUUUGUGCCCACUAUAUCCGAGGAGGAGGGCAUGUAUGCGGUGGACUAUUCUAAAUUCGGUAACACAGUUAGAGUAGCGACACCCAGCUGCAGUGCCAAGAAACUGGAUGAGAAGGGAGGCAUCGCCAGGUUUAAACUGCAAGAGCACGCGACCCCGCGGCCGUCGGUGAGAAGGCGGCGGCUCUCACUACGCAUGAAGCAAUACAGCACCAUCAGCCAACUAGCCUAAAUAGCCUACUUUUACAGGUAUAAAGGAGUUGCCAUUGCAUUUUGUAUGUGAAAGUAAUAAUUUUUAUUACCUAUUGAAUUUUAAUGGAUAACUUUGUAAUACUACAGAAAUGAAAUGUUUAUUAUGUUCUAGCAGAAAACGAGCUGUCUCCACUAUUCCAGUACCAUUUCAACAUCAUCAAAUCACCUCUGCUUAGCCUAAUACAACAUAAGCUAAAUAUGUGGCUGGCCAUGGUUCUGAUUUGUGAGCGGAAAAAACGUUGGGUCAAUAAUAUCCAUAAAACCUAGCAGUCAAUCAAGGAAAUGGUUCCAAUCGUUUUUCCACCAUUUUUCCCAUUGUGGAUUUUAGAAACACUUAAAAUAAGGGCUGUGCUUUGUGUAGGCUUACCCAGGAGUGACAUUGUGAUAACUGUAAAUCUCUCUAGGACAAGGUGACUUUUAUCAAAAUAUUUUCCUGUAUUUACCCCACAAAAAUAAAAUACUAAUUAGCUGAUGUGUCUAUCAGAAAUGACUACAAAUGCAAUGAGACUGCCGAAUCAAGGCAAAGAAUCUCUGGAUUAACUAUGUAAUGUUAGGUAAAUGUAGUAAUUAAUAAAUUGGCAAAAUGUCUUUAAAUUGACAAUUCUGUCA